AUGCGUCUCCUCAUUGUGGACAAGGUGGCGCCGAACUUUGUAACCGAGUACGAGCAUACGCGGCAUCAUCUAACCUGUGACUUCAAGACCCUGAAAGUGCGUGCUGUGUUCUAUCUUUUUCUGUGUGUGUAUGAGAAGCCUGCCUGAUACCCCUUCACGCUGUGUUGCCUCCUCUCCAAGUAGCAGGUGGUUUUGACGAAGUUGGGACGAUGCAGGCAGACGCAGAACGGAAACCACCGAGGGACGUUUUCUGUAAUAUGCAGCAGUUGACUGCCUUGCAGCUUGCAUCAGUUCCUGCUACAGCCAGGUUGUCCAUUUCUAGUCGACCGAUCGUGGGCCGGUGCUCUGCUUAUAGGGCUCUGAGCCCAAUGAACAGACGUGAAUGGGUUCAAAUCUCGGUCGGAUGUGCUUUGGUGGCCCCACCUGAAGUAAACAAACCCCAGUCACCUCUUAUAGGGACCGGUGUUAAUAGGGUUUUUUACAGGUGGGGCCAGGGAACGCACAGGCGGCGAGGUCAAGUAGUUGUGUGCAGAAGGAAAGUUAUUGGGAAUGCGCGGUUGUACUUUGAGGGGUUGAGAAAUAGUUGCGCUAACCCCUAACCCUAACCCCAAUCCCAUGAACUUAUUUAUGCUUCCACUCAUUCAGUAGAAAAUUACGUCUUCUUCCAAUUUUAUACUCGAAGCAAGGGUAUAAUUCGGUUUUCAAAAAGUUUCUAAUUGCGAGAUUUUUUAAUACCGUGAAAUGGCCAUUCAUAAAACGUCAUUUCUCUGUACUUACCAAUGUGGUUUGUAAAGUUAACGGUAUGGGUCAAAUCCACUGCUAAAUUUUAUAAACCCCAUAUGGUCUUCUCUUAAUACCUUAGAGAAAUGUGUGGUUUUCCGUAUGCGGAAAAUAUACGGCUUGUAGUUUAGAAGCCCUGAAUGCAAGUGUAACGGCAAGUCGAGGUUCAGAGUUAUUCGGGAAUUAGAAACGUUUUUGAAAACCGAAUUGUACCCUUCGUUCGAGCAUAAAAUUGGAAAAUCAAUGGGAAAAGUGCAUGCUACUUAAGUAGCCAUUGUUUUUUACAGAGUAUGGUUUUUGCAUGCAGCCGGAAAGAAGUUCUUUCGAAAGCCGGCAUCUUGAGGUAGCCGAAUUAUUAUAGAAUUAUACCGUAUGAUGAUUAUUUUUACAAUCCUACUUAAUUAAUCUUUUCAAAACGAAAACGCAUUUCGGAAUUUCAGCUGAUAUUUUAUGAGUUAGCCCACCUACUGUAAGUGCUUAGAAUGACUUGAGAGCAUCUUUCAUAAACACGAAUAUCAAACAAACACGUUCAGACUCCUGCAUGCAUCUUUUGUCAGACCAAGUUCGAACCGACCAAGCCUGUCCUGCAGGCGCACAGUGCGUGGCAGUUUUCCGCUUCCUCCCUGUGUAACCUCUUCCUUCUGAUUGCCGCUCUGAUAGGUUCGUCUUCACCAAGAGGCCAUUCUAGCCCUGAUCACCUUCUCCAACGAGCUGGUCCAGAUGUUGAGUACUGCAAACGAGGGGCCUGCUUCUGCUGCUCCCGCCUCAGCAUCGACCGCGGACUACGAAGCAGAAUGGGCUCGUCGCCUGGGCGACAAGGAGGGCAUGCGCUCGGCCCAGGAGCGCAAACUUGAGCUGCAGCCUACGCACACUGAUAUUCGUCUUAUGGACUCACAGACCACGCCGAUGGAGGCGGUCACUGGCAUCAUGAGUCGAAAGGACGAGCGUCGUCAAAUCCGCCUGGAUGCCGCUUUCCGUGCGGCUGCAGCAGGUUAG